AUAGCUUUCCUUACGAGCUGUCGCUUUAUACUGGAACGCCCAGGCCCAGUCAAAACAAAGCAGCUCAAAUGGCGUUUACUAUUUAACAAUAUUAACGAACAGCCGCCGCCCAGCUCUUCAUUCCCGACUGGUGCUGUUUUUGGGGGGAAGUCUAAUUCGCCUGCCGCCGUGUUUUUCUUCCCUGUCAGUGUUCGUGUUUAACCCGCGGAUAUUUUAGUUCGCCCGGAGAUGGAGACGGCUAGCCAGCGACUGGGGAUACGUAGCCUGCUGCAGGGGAGCGGCUGAAGGCGCCUUGCACGUCCAAGCGCGAAAAAGGGGGAGCUGCCAUAAAGAAGGACGACUGGUUGCCAUGGUGGAAUAGGAGUUUUAAGUCCAGUCAUGGCUCCGUGCUCCGUGGUGGCGGCCUGUCGCAGCUUGGCCCUCUCAACGUGGCUGCUGUCCUUCUGCUUCGUCCACCUACUGUGUCUCGACUUCACCGUGGCCGAGCGGGAGGAAUGGUACACGGCCUUCGUCAACAUAACUUACGUGGAGCCCGCCACCAAGGCGGUCCGCACCGACAAGACCGAGUGCGGCCGCUACGGAGAGCACUCGCCCAAGCGCGACGCCAAGGGGGUGGUGGUCCUGCCCGCCGCCCCGCACGACCGCCAGGCCUGCGACCCCAGCACGCCGUUUCCGGCACCGGCCCACGCCGGGGCCUGGGUGGCUCUGAUCGCGCGGGGCAACUGCACCUACAAGGACAAGAUCCGGCACGCCGCCGAGCACAACGCUUCGGCCGUGGUCAUCUUUAAUGUGGGCUCGGCUAUUGCCAACGACACCAUCACUAUGCCUCAUCCAGGCACAGGCGAAGUGGUGGCGAUCAUGAUCCCGGAGCUCAAAGGUCGAGAAGUAGUCGCGCUGCUGGAGCGCAACGUAACAGUCACCAUGACGAUCACCAUUGGAACGAGGAACCUGCAGAAAUACGUGAGCAGGACUUCGGUUGUGUUCGUGUCCAUCUCCUUCAUCGUGCUGAUGAUCAUCUCACUGGCCUGGCUGGUCUUCUACUACAUCCAGAGGUUUCGAUACGCAAAUGCACGGGACCGCAACCAGCGUCGCCUUGGUGACGCAGCCAAAAAGGCGAUCAGCAAGCUGCAGGUGCGGACCAUCAGGAAGGGCGACCAAGAGACCGAGGCUGACUUUGACAACUGCGCCGUGUGUAUCGAAGGUUACAAGGCCAACGACGUGGUCCGCAUCCUGCCCUGCAGACAUUUGUUCCACAAGACCUGUGUGGACCCGUGGCUGUUGGACCAUCGCACGUGUCCUAUGUGCAAAAUGAACAUCUUGAAGGCGCUCGGCAUUGCUCUGAAUGCGGACUGCCUGGAUGACUUGACGUUGGACUAUGACCUGGCUCUGGGCGGCGUAGCGGGUGUCGGCAUGGGUGGAGUGGGGGCCUUGGCCCUGGAGGCCGUAGUUUCUGGGGCGUCCAGCGAUGGCACGCUAAGCGAGGGAGGCUCCUCUGUGGUGUUGGACCCUGGGGUGCGACGGGUGGGACUGCCGCAGGAUUACCAGGACCCCGACACCCUAAGGGACAGUCCUGUGACGGCCACUACCGACACGCACACAGGUGAGCUCCAGCCGAUUGCGAGUAGCGCUUCUGUGGCUUCCCUGGUCAUCGCUGUGGAAACUGGUCUUUUAGAUGAGGAGGCGGCCGUGGAACGAGUCUUGAAGGAGCCCCAAUAAAUCCAAAACCCAGCAAACUAAGAAUCGCAGCAUGGAACAGAAGCUGGUUCCGGUUUGGAUUGGUUCCAACCAGCACCGGAGUCUGCACUGGAGGUAUUCAAAAACUGAUGCAUGGUUUGAGUCUAGACCGUAAUGGCCCUAAACACCCAAAGAACUGGCCCAGUUUGGAUCUGUUAUUCUUCUUCUCAGUAUGUUCCAGUCCGAUAAAAGUAUCUGUAGUCACUGAAAUCUCUAAUCCUGCCUUGUCUGGACUCACACUAGACUUCCUGAAUCUUAAAAGAAACAUUUGAUAAGGAAAAUGUUCUCUGGAAUGUUCUAUUACCUGAGCCUUUCCACACAGACCCUGUCGUGCUCCAAAAUCCAGCUCCAGUUAUUUUGUGGGCUAAGUUCACUCUGCCAAGUGAUGUCAUAUGCUGAACUUUUAUGUUGACUUGGCAGUAUUACAGCUCACAGUAUUCAACUCACUUUUUAGCUCCCCCUUUUUUCUGCCUGUGUGUACAACUGUUGCAGAUUGCGUUCAAUUUCAGAGGUUCUCCGUCCUCGGUCGUCAUCAGGACCCCCCCACCAAAAAAAAAAGAAAAAAAAAGGCUGGUGAUGUCAAGAAAUGAAACAAGGAAACUGAAGAUGUGGACCUCAUAGAUUCUGCCUGAGGUAUAAAGCAGUGUACCAUAAUCUCAUGCUGCCUUUUUUAAAAACAACCUACAUUUGUCCCGUCUCUUGACAAUCAAUUUUUUAAUCCUUUAUCACAUUUUGUCCCGUCUGGCAAAUACUUUUUAGAUCUUUUCCUCAAAAUUCACAGUGACGCCAUUAAAAAGAGACGGCAGAGGGGCGGCGUGUGAAUAUGAAAGCCUGUUGUGGCGCUGCCGCUGAGACGGAUAAAGAUUGUCAUCUAUUUUGAUACCAGAAGAAAUGUUUAUUUUUGUAACGCUCACACUCAGCAACCAAGACUGACUGACCCCCGCCUGACCCCAUUCCUUCUCCCAAUGUACAGCCAUGCUGGUCCUCAGCACGGUGCUGACGUGUUCUUGUUGUAAAUAUUAAACUGCUUGAAGCGGACCUUGUUGAUAGGGGGUUGGUUGAUAAUUUCUGGGACGGAGAUGUGACCCGCUAAAUGUGUUGCCUGGCUGUCUUGUUUGAAUUCUUUUAAAUGUUGAUUAUUUCACAUGUCCUGGACUGAAAUUGCAUCUAAAAUAAAUAAAAAAUAACCACCAUCGGUUGUGUGAAAUGUAGACUUUAAAUUUUACGCUUUGAGGAAAUAAAUGUUCUUCCUCACAUACUUGGGUCAAAUGAACUGUUUUAUGGGGAGCUGUGAGCUACAACAUUUGCUUUUUUCUGUUGUAAAACCCUCCCUUUAAAAUUCAAAGUUCUUAAAAAUGCUUGCAAGCUUUCACUUCACCAUCUCAGUGGUGAGUCAAUGGUGUACCCUAUAUAUUUUAUUUUAGCACUGUAACAGUAUGUGAUAAUGACGAUGCACUGUCAUUGCUGCUUUUGUGAAUGGUGUUUUAAUUAAACCUGUCUGUUGUGUUGUAA